AUGGAGAAUUAUCAAGGUGAUUUAAACGACAUAGUUCAAGCCUCUGCUGCUCAACAAUCAGACAUGGUUCCAUGGCAACAACAAUUCACCUCGGAUCCUCUGAGUUUUUCGUCGUCGACUGCAGCCAUGGAAGAUCAUAGAGUAAACGCCUUCGGAGACCCUUUCUCCACCAUGAGAGAUCCGCUUCUUCUUCAAGAGCUUAACGGUUCGAGUCCUGGCUACUUUAGCAGCCCUAAUUCACCAACGAUCAUCAUCUCUCAUGGCCAUAGCUCAAGUCCACGACCCGUGCCGCCGCCGCCGCCGUGUGACCCACCGAUGAUGGCUGCUUCCAGUGUUUCCCCGAGGGGACAUAAGGCGCCUGCCGUUCUUACAAGCGACAUGCUUAGCAAGAGCCAGACCAAGAAGGUCGUUUGCAUACCAGCACCAGCAGCUGCAAACAGCAGGUCUAGUGGAGAAGUAGUUCCCUCUGAUCUGUGGGCAUGGAGAAAAUACGGCCAGAAACCUAUCAAAGGUUCCCCUUAUCCAAGGGGCUACUACAGAUGCAGCAGUUCCAAAGGCUGCUCCGCGAGGAAACAAGUCGAGCGAAGCCGAACCGAUCCAAACAUGCUCGUUAUCACGUACACAUCCGAGCACAACCAUCCAUGGCCAACUCAAAGAAAUGCCCUUGCCGGUUCAACGAGGUCUCAGCCAUCAAAAGCCAAUGCUAGUAGUCGUAAGAUAGGGUCACCGAGUAAUUCUCAACCCCAAAACACAAUCAAAGAGACCAACAACAACGACACUACAAGCACAUCAGUUAAAGAGAAGUGGUGA